GCUCACAAGCCGCACGGGCAGUGACGCGCGCUCACCUGAGGAGCUCAUCAUACGUUUAUUUACAUUGUUCUGGGGGAUGAGGCCACGAUGUCUGGCGAACUUUAAAAGUUAAGCAACGAAGUGUGCUUUGCCAAGAUGCCCGCCACCUGGACGCACAGUGUCUCUUAUGGAAUAUAGUCCUUCUCUCCACGGUCUCCAUGUUGUGCCACCACCCCACGUGAAGAACAAAUUGUUCGUCUUCUGCAUCAUGUUGUCCCUGUGGGUCUACAUGAUCUACUGCUGCUUGGGCUACGGCUCAACCGUGCCCGGAUUCGGGUACGAGCGCGUAGGAGCGUCGCUGGUGGAACCUCCGCGCGGCGCGCGUCCCUCCCGGGACUUGCUCAACAACAACGCGGACAACGAAGUGGACAGCAGAGGGGACGAGUGGGAGGAAAACGAUUUAAACGCCGCGUCGGCUUUUCUCAAUGAGUCGGAGAGUAAAAAGUUGCCUCAGGCCAUCAUCAUCGGGGUGAAGAAAGGGGGGACGCGUGCGCUCUUGGAGUUCCUGCGGCUGCAUCCGGACGUGAGCGCCGCGGGGGCAGAGCCGCACUUCUUUGACCGCAACUACGACAAGGGACUCGACUGGUACAGGGAACUGAUGCCAAAGUCCUCUGAAGGUCAGCUGACCAUGGAGAAGACACCCAGCUACUACAUCACCAAGGAGGUCCCCUCUCGCAUCUACGCCAUGUCAAAAGCCACCAAGCUGAUCGUCGUGGUGCGAGACCCCGUGACGCGAGCCAUCUCGGACUACACGCAGACCCGCUCUAAGAAGCCCGACAUCCCGUCUUUCGAGAGCCUGACCUUUAAGAACGCGUCGUCGGGCGCCAUCGACACGUCUUGGAGCGCCCUUCAGAUCGGCAUGUACGCCAAGCACCUGGAACGUUGGCUCCAGUACUUCCCAAUGGAGCAGCUGCUGUUUGUCAGCGGCGAGCGGCUCAUCGCCGACCCCGCCGGGGAGCUGGCGCGGGUUCAGGACUUUCUCGGGCUCAGGAGAGUGGUCACCCAGAAGCAUUUUCACUUUAACCCGGCCAAGGGCUUCCCUUGUCUAAAGAGACCGGAGGGCAACAGCAAACCCCACUGCCUGGGCAAAACCAAAGGCAGAACCCAUCCGAACAUUGACCCGGAGGUAGUGCAGAGACUCCGGGAGUUUUACAAACCCUUCAACAGGAAGUUUUACCAGAUGACUGGGCAAAAUUUUGGCUGGGACUGAGAUGAAUAUGCGAAUGUUUGUGUGCUUUUUAUAGAAUUGUAUCAACCAGAAGGUCUAGAGAGUAUAUUUGCCAGAUAUGUACAGAGUACAGAGGUCUAUUUUAUGAUAAUUUAUUGCUAUGAUUUGAACGUCCUAAGUUGUGUAAGCAGGUUUACUCUAGAUCAGGGAUUCCCACGCUGUCUUGUCUGGUAUAAUAAUUACUAGAGUUGUCUAAUAAUGACUUUUUAACCUAUAUCGUAAUAUUGUCCAACUCCAAAAAUUUGAUAUCGAUAGAUGCGGUCGUGAACAUUUAUGGCUAAUUGGAUUGUGACGCCCCACUGAAUUCUUUAAUAAAGAUAAAAUUCAAAUAACAAAUCCCAAGAUUCUGAGUUUGGAGACAUCUAAUGGUCAAUAAGCAUAACUGCUGUGUUAAGCUGUGACCAGCCCUUGUACAAAAGCUCAAGCUUCUACAUUCUCUUUGAAGGCAACAUGCAUGUUAGCGCAAAACCGAUAAUGAAAAAUUGAUGUUGAUAUUCUCUGAUAUCAUUUUUAAAAUGCUUUUAUCAGCCGAUAUUAUUGGCUACGGACAACUCUAAUAAUUACAAUUGUGUUUUUCGCAGGGCAUUUUUGCUAAAGACGCCAAUUUGUCGGGAGGUGGUGAGGGUAUAAACUUUACCCCAAAUAUACCUCAGCUGCUGCCAGUCAUCCCCACAAAUCAACCAUCUAGCUCUGUGUGCUUAUUUUAUAGUAGACUAUAUAAAUUAUAUGUAUUGAAUUGAUUAUGUCAACUGUUUCGCUUUCAAAUGGACUUGGCUGUGUUCAAAAUCCCUGUAAAGUGAUAAUAAAUGCUGUCUAACUUUGGCACAUCACAGAAAAUUAUACAAUUGAAUGAUUUAAAGGGACAGACAACACCUUUACAUCUCACAAAAUUUCAUUUUUUAGAGGUGUAACGGUGGGGAAAAUAUUAGGGCUGCAGCUAUCGUUUACUAAGUGUUCGAUUAAUCUAUCAAUUGUCAGUUUGAAUAAUAGCGUAAUCAGAUUGGGAACAUUUAAAUGGUUGCAGAAUAAAUUUUAGGAGAUGUAACACAGGCUUGCUAAGAUUAACUGCGAAUACGAAAUAUAAAAUUCCCUAGUGUUUCUUCAAAUUAUGCAGAAUUUUACUUUUAUUUCACAAGAGCAAUAAAUGCAUUUAAAGUAAAUUAGAAUACCUUAGGUUAGCCUCAAAUAUAAUAAAUAAAUAAAUAAAUAAAUGAGGAUCUAAGUACAACAAAAGAACAAUUGGCCAACUUGCAUAGCAAAAGUCCACUAUCUUAAAUGCUAUCAAAUGCUAACUUUUUUUAAAAAAAAAUUUAAACAAUGCUCUUAACAAAUCGUUCAAACACAUAUUCCCAUAAAAACUGUUAUACUUCUAAACUAAAUUACGAAUACAUAACAAAUUGUUCAAACACACAUUUCCUAAGAAAAACUGCUAACUAUACCUCGAAAAAAAAUUACAAAUGCAUAAAGAAUCAGAUUAGCUCAAACAAAAACUUGAAUACCCUUAUGUUGGUCUUAACAGGAAGCAGCUGUACCGAGCCUUUAGAUGAGUUAUGGCAUCUUCCCCGCUGACACUAGAGGACAAUGUAUCCACCCAAAUCAAUAAAACUAAAUGCAACACAUUCAAAACAAACCAUUGCAACGUCACUUUAAUUAAAACGAAUCCUUGAAGCAGCAAAAUUUGAGUCGAUCCUUUUUCAAAUCAAAUUGCUCGAGUUAUUAUUUUCUUUAUGAUCAGACAUAGAUUUCAUAAUGUAUUGACAGGACACAGGACUUGGGGCCAAUAAAUAGGGGGGCUGCACUGCUUCUCCAGUGAAAAUUCUUGUGAAUAAAUGCUUAAAUCCCCGAUUUUUUUAUAGAUAUGGACGUAAAACAGUCUAGAUUCUUGGUUCAUAGCAAAAAAAAACGUGCAGUUAGCAUUUAUUUUACAUAAAUAUUGCGAACUAUGAUGCCAAUGCAGUCGCGCUAAUUUCUGCCAUUGAUUUUUUUCACGUUUCGAAAUGCAUGCCUGGUACAAAAAAAUAUAAUAAUUACCUUGAAUCCUCGAACAAAUCACUCCUGAGACAAUCCUUCCUGUAUGUAUGCGGUACUGCUUUCGUACUUUUUCAACAGAAAUCCGGCGUUAGAUCGCUGCGUGCGUGUUUGUGAAUAGCUACUCGAAUGCGAGGCGCAGUGCAUGACCGAUCUGACCCGUCAAUACAAUUAUGAAGUCUAUGGAUCAGAGGUCUAUGAUAUUUCAAUUGAGUUCAAUACUUUAAUCAACCAUAUUUGACAUUAAUUUCACUUAAAUUAGGUGUUGUCUGUCCCUUUAAAAGAAAAGUACAUAUGUAAAUGAGGCCUCAAAAUUGUUAAAAACUAAUAAGUCGUGUUCUACGCGCCCAAAAAAAUCUAGGAAACUGAAAUUGCCACAUCCCUGAAUUCACUUUACAUGGUCUUUAAACUGAUUUUUGUUUGUGUUUUACAGACUUUAGUAGUCAAGGCUGCUUUAUACUGACCAAACAAUUAAAUUCCUCAAAGCACAGUUGACGUUACGGGUAUGUCAAGCGACGCCAUUUUGAUUUUCUGGUUGGAUGUCAGUUCUUUCUGUCCCUAACCUUCUCUCACCUCAACCUGCCUUGUAAUACCCCCUUAACAUUUGCUUGACCCUCAGUAGACUCACUCAGUAAGGUCGAUGCAGGCCUCCGAUGACCUGGCGUCAACUGGGCUCGCUGGAUCAAUACGGCAAUCACGUCAAUUAGGCCCGACGGAUGGCGCUACCAAGACUGCUCAAAUAAAACCCAUUUCCAUUAAUGCUCGUCAGGUUACGACUGACCUUUAAGCCCUAUUCAUAUCAUAAUUUCACAUUUCCUCUGCAAAAUGUUGGUGUCUCUUGUCUUUUCGCGGCUCCAUCUCUCAUUUUGGAACGAUUGCACCUGUUUUCCAAAGAGCCGUUUCACACCCCUUUGUAAGCCAACGUUUCAUAAGCUAGUUGAGCUGCACCCAGAAGCCUGUAAUGCAUCAUUUUGCAUAACAUUUUUAGAACAGGUGACAGCAUGAGACAGCGAUGCUACGGGAUAAAAAUAAGACCGUAUGGUUGAGUUUUAGUCAACACAUACAAAUAUCAAAUAAUUGCCAUUCCCUAUUUGCUGUUUGAACAUUGAAAUGAAGCAGGUCAAAUGGUGUUGUUUUGAUGAAGUAAUAAAUCUGUUUUGCAAAAC